AUGGAUCGUUUCUCUUCUGGUAUAAGGGAUAUUUGCUCGUUCUUUACUGCUAUAUUAAAGAGCAUUAAGAAGAUCUCUUAUCUUAAGGAUACCCAGAGAAAAGUCUCUGUCUUUGAACAUUACGAUAGGGAGUGGAAAAAAGCUAGAUUGAGACUAAUUCGACCUAUUUCUACAGUUAUUAUAGACAAUAAGUUGAAGAGCAACGUAUUGAAGGAUAUAGACGAGUUCCUCGACCAAGAUAUUAUACUAAUAAAGCUUUUUUCUGAGCUCCCGCCGUAUUGUAUUAUCCUCUUAGAGGACGUGGAUACCGCUAGGAACGAGUCAAAGUCAGCAGUCACCCUAUCAGGGCUUUUGAAUAUGCUUGAUAGUAUCUCAUCUCAAGAGGGCCGGAUACUUAUUAUAACCACGAAUUAUAUCGAACAUCUAGACAAAGUACUAAUUCGGCCUGGCCGUUCAGACAAGAAGAUUUAUUUCAAACUCACCGAUCAGAACAUUUCUACUCAGCUCUUCUGUACGGUCUUUAAGCAGUUGCCAAACCAAAAGCAAUACAAUGAGGAAUAUGAUAAUAAGACUAUCAAAGCGUUCACUUAUGAUUUUGCCAGCAAAGUACUGGAUUAA